CCCUCUAAGUCGGUAUAUUCCCCACGAGGUGGCACCACCAUUGUGAGGCGACAUCCUGACAAGUUUAGGCCCUAUCGGGUGAAACGUCUUAUGGGCGAACUGGCAACACCAAGGUCAUUCUCUCCAGGCACAAAACACAUAAAUCUCCAGGCAAAAUCUAGGACACUUUCUUACCAACAGAGUUUGAUUUUUCACACAAACGACAGUUUGACUUUCCCUGGGAACUUCCAUUUUGUUUUUAUUCAAUCUGUGUUUUGAUUCGGGUAAGCUACAUAUUAAAUUUUUAAUUAUUGAUUUAAUUCCCAAUCUAGAAAUUAUCGUUCAUAAUCUUAAUAUAAUAAUAGUAUUAAUAACCUUUGUCAUAUAUUUUUCAAUGUAAAACGCUUGUGAUUGUGUGCAGGAAUACUUAAGAUUGCAUACUUCAAUAAGCUUGUUUUUCUUUUGUAAAUCAGUCAUGUCUGGAUUUGGGGUUGCGUCUUCGUACAUCGCUACUUUCAAGUACUCAUGCACAUAUCCUUCUUGCAAAUAUUCCUGUUUCCACAUUGUUCGGAAAUCUGCUUGUAUAUACUUACAAAAAUAAAGUAUUCCAUCGUUUUCCAAAAAAUGAAAAAACUGUUGCUGCAUGGAAGGCAGCUUGUAAGAUAUCUCCCACUCGUAAAGUUUCCAAUUAUUAUGUUUGUGAGGAUCAUUUUUCAAUGUUUGAUCGUAAUAAUCCGCAAGAUGCUUCACGUCUCAGAUAGCUUACCAUACCAGUGUCCCCCAAUACAGUUUUAAAUUCAAAUAAUAGUCAUCCUACUAAACCAGGUUCCAGUAUCUAGAGUUUUAUUCAAAGACCCUCCUUCUUGAGAGGCUACCACAAAUCCAACUCCUUCUGAGCAAAAUUCCAGUGUUAUUCUGGAAGACCAAAACAUUGAAAUCAGUGGAAGAGGUUCUAGAACAGAAUCUAAUUAUUUAGAUAUUCUUUUUUGUUAGAGAAGGGCUCUGCCAUAUUAAUAAAAUCUGGUACAUCAAAGAAGGAAUUGAGUCCUUAGGAAUCAAUUAUGUAUAAAGUCCACCGGAAUGUUUGCUCAAGGCUAUCCAAAUUAAAAUCAAUUUUUAUUGUUCUAAGCGUUGACAAAUCAAAGUAUUUCAAAUUUCUUGAAGGCUGGCAAAUAACAAUUAGAUCUGUUAUGUCACUAUGGAGAGAUCUUGAGGAGAAGGGCUUGAAAUAUCUUUGUUUGAGAAAUUUAAAUCAAGAUUCCCUGGAAAAUUGAUUUUGUCAAGUAAGACAGCAUGGUAUCUUCAAUACAAAUCCCACCUGUCGUCAGUGUUGUUGCUGCCUUAAAAACAGUAGUUAUUAAUAAUUUGAGCACACCUUUUUCUAAAGGUAAUUGUGAAAUCGAUUUUUGUGAUCCUUUGGUCGAUUUCAGCGACUCUUUGGAUAAAUAUGACCAAAGUAAUGAUACAGCCUUGAUUUAGACCCUGAGAUUCUAAAUGACUCUGACAUGGAAAUAAUGGACAGACUCAAAAUUGAUAGUAAUUGUGAAUCCUGUGCAAGAUUAUUUUCUUUGUUUGUCACUGAAAAACAUCUGAUUGUGACAUUUAAAGAGCAUGAUGAGGAAAAACGAUUGAAGUAUUCAGGUGAAGAUUUAAUUAACCUCAUUGAUCUUCUGGAUGAAAAGCUGUAUGCAUUUUUAGAGCAGCAUGGUACAGAAGACCAACUGGAGUUAAAUUUAAACGGAAGUAUUCCUGCAUCCUUCAAAAUUACAGCUUUUGUCAGCAGCAUUAUGUGGCAAAAGGUAAGGAAAAAAGCUGCUCGGUUGGGAAUUUGCAAAUAUUUGUUUUGUUUUUAUUAG